GCCCAGCCUCGAGAUGCAUAUGAGUUCUUAGGAGCAAAAAUUGCAUCUUACGUUAGAUCAUAUAAAAACACACACAGCUGUUUCCGGCCUUUCAUAUAUCGAUCAAGCUGUCCAAUCCUAUCGAGCCGUAAGACAUGGCUCAUUACGCCCAUCCGCUCCUCGGUCAGAUUACCGGGACCUCACACGAUGGUGUGAAUCGCUUUUGUGGCAUUCAAUAUGCGACCUUGCAAAACCGCUUUGCAAAUCCAGUUGUCGCAGAAGGUGAUCCAUCAGCGGCUCUAGAUGCACAAAAACAUGGACCCAGCGUUAUAUCCCCUGCUCAAGGCUGCGAUAUGGAGCUCUCCCUGAUCCAGCAAACAUUGCCGCAUGGGAAGGGCUCAAUGUCCGAAUUGGACGGGCUGAACUUGAAUAUUGCCUUGCCGGCGAAGCAUAGCGGGCGGCUCCCUGUCUUCGUCUUCUUUCACGGAGGAGGUUUCAGCAUUGGAUCCGGCUCUUGGCCGCAGUAUGAUCCUGUACGAACCGUUCAAUUGUCCAUCGAGCAACAAGAACCUGUGAUUGGCGUUACUGUAAACUAUCGGCUUGGGGCUUUUGGGUUUCUCUACUCGCAAGAACUCUCGAAAAUGGGGAUAAAAGCCAACCGCGGACUUCUGGACCAACGGGCCGCAUUACAAUGGCUCCAAAAGAACAUCGACGGAUUUGGAGGCGAUCCUGAAAAAAUCACGGUUGUCGGCGAAAGUGCCGGUGCUGUGUCAUGCACUCUUCAUCUGCAGUCCGAGAAACCUCUGUUCAAACAAAUGAUGGCCAUGGGUGGGAGUUCCUUACUCAUGAAGCCGCUCCCAAUGCCGGUCGCAGAGUAUGCUUAUGGAAGGGUACUUGAUGCUGUGAACAUCGACACAUCGCUUUCCUCGGAAGAGAAGUUGAAGUCACUGCUUGAGAUUCCGGCCGAAACAUUCUUAAGCAGUAUAGGGCCUGAUGUGCCACUUCUUGCUGUUCAUGACGAGGACUACAUCAGAUACCCUAGCUCUUUUGCACAGUGGACUCAGCAAGGUGAGCGGAGCCAAUAUCCAGGAAUGAAAUGGUGCGACCGUAUCAUGGUGGGAGACUGCCAAUUUGAUGCGAGCAUAUUCCUUUUCGCAGUCGGGCCGCGGAAAGCUGGCAUUGCCGAGGCAUUUCGUCAAUCGCUGGAGAAAUCGUUGAAAGAUUUUCCUGAUGAGCGAGCCAAGCUCUUGGACACCUAUGGCAUUGCUACUUCGGUAUCGGACGAUGAAGAUAUGCUUAACAUUCUUCGCUUCGGCACGGACAUUGGAUUCUAUGCUCCAGCUUUUACGAUGGCUAAGGCUAUGUCUCGGCGAGCGUUUCUUUAUCACUUCAAUGAACCGAAUCCAUGGGACGGUCCUUUCAAAGGCGAGUCAACCCACAUACUCGACGUGGCAUUCUUGUUCCAGAAUUUCAUUGAGCACUUGGGCCCUGAGCAGCAGAAGCUAUCAAAGAAAUUCGGAUCGGACUUCAUCAAUUUCGUUAAUGGAAAAGCGCCUUUUGACGUUUAUGACGACACGGAGGGAGGUGCUCAGGUCUAUGGACCGCCUGUUGUAGGAGGGGCUCAGUAUGUGCAGGGCAAGUCUCCAGAAGCCUUUGGUCGCCGAAGCUUCAUCGGAAGUCUUGCAGGAAAGACCAGUACUCUGGAUCAAUUGUCGAUCGCGUGGGACACAUUUUUGGCAGGUCGCUAGUUCACUGCUUCAUCGUUGGUGUCUACUUUGGCGGUCCUGCAGUUGGUGCAUAUUUCAUGGAGCUGACAGUGGGGAUCGUCUUAGUGUCUAAAAUGCCUCCUGUCGUUAUUCGGAAGAGACACGGCUGGCAGUAGAUUCGGAGCAAAUGCGCCUAGACUAAAGCAUUGCUGCAAAGGAAAGGUAUAGAAACAUUCGUAGUUGGUAUCAUAUUAUUCCCC